GCCUGCAGCCAGCCGCUCUGCCUCCUUCCCCUCAUACAAAUUAUAAUACACCAACCAUUCCCUCCUCUAUUAUCACCCAGCCGCUAUUACCCGCUCCUUCACCGCCGUCUGACAUUCAUGCAUCUUCUCUCAAAGCAGAUUGAUUCCUAGAGGCAGGAAAGCUCUCUCCUUCAUCAUCCAUUUGUGUUGUUCCAACGAAGACUUUUGCGUGAAUUGCCACGCUCUGGAUAUUCCAACGGCUGCUCUGGGAGUUCUAAAGGUUUCUCUGCUAGCAAAUAAAAAUGUGCAUUGGAGCUGAGAAAAGAUUUAAAGAUCAAGUGCUCUUGUUGGAGCAAUGGAUGAUUUCUUAAUAAGAUGCAAACAACUUGUGCUGAUCAUGGGAUUGAAAUUCUAAUCACUGUCUUGGACCACUGUUGUGAAUUUAUGGAUUGGAAGAAGCAUAUCUUUGAUUAAAACCCUUUUCACCAUUCAGCCCUCUUUUUUUUUUUGGUGCCACUUUCUGUUAUCCUUUGAAUUUGCAUAGCUCGAUAUGCUGUGGAGAUAUAGGAGUUUGCUACACAUUGUGCAACAAAGAAAAUUUUGGAAUACACUAUCUUUUAAAUCAAUCCAUCACAUAUGUGCAACAACGCACCAUGUACCAAAUAAUUAUGACCGAGAUGAAUAUUUUCACAAUAAAAGGAAACCAAUCAUUCUUACAGCUCCUAUGAUAUAUUCAACUUUGUUGAAUUGCCCUUCUGAUUUGAUUGCUUUGUGUUUUUUCCUUUGGUGUGCAAAACAAAGAAAUUAUUUUCAUGAUAGUCAAUCAAUUGGUCACAUGAUUAGUGUCGUUGCUCGUUUGACUGAACAAUACAAGACUGUGAGAGGACUUGUUAUUGAAUUAGUGAAUAUUGGAUGUGUAAUAAAGGCACAAACUUUUAUGCUUUUGUUGAGGAUUUAUUGGCGUGGAGGAUUGCAUGAGAGGGUUUUUGAGGCUUUUGAGGAAAUGAGGCGCUUUGGCUACAUGCCUAACACAUUUGCACAUAAUGUUAUUAUGGAUGUCUUGUUCAAGGUUGGGCAUGUUGAGCUAGGUAUCAAGAUUUUGAAGGAGACCAAGGUGCCAAAUUUCUUGAGUUUUAACAUUGCAUUGUGUAAUUUAUGUAAGACUAAUGAUUCAGAUACGUUGCGGGAUGUUAUUAGGAUUAUGUUGAGAAAGGGGUUUUAUCCCAAUGUUCAUACAUUUGAGAUGAUUUUAAAUUUUUUCUGCAAGAAGGGUAGGAUGGUGGAGGCAUAUCAAGUAUUAGGUCUUGUCCUUACAUUGGGAACUUCUUUAUCUGUCAAUGUUUGGAGUGCAUUGAUAGAUGGCUUUUGUCGCUUGAGCAAACUUGAUAUUGCAGGUUAUUUAUUGGGAAAAAUGGUUGAGACUGGCUGUACUCCUAAUGUUGUAACAUAUACAUCUUUGAUUAAGGGAUUCAUGGAAUCCAAAAUGGUGGAUAAUGCCUUUGGUAUUUUAAAUACUAUGGAGUUAGAAGGACAAGCCCCUGACUUGGUCUUUUACAAUGUAUUAAUAGAUUGCUUAUCAAAGAAUGGGAGAUAUGAUGAUGCACUUAGUCUGUUUCAUAGUUUGUCACAACGGAAAUUGGUUCCAGACUGUUAUACAUUUUCUUCUUUAUUAUCUACUUUAUGUUUGUCUAAGAGAUUUUCACUUUUACCGAAGUUAGUAAAUGGACUUGUGGUAGAAGCAGAUCUAGUAGUUUGUAAUGCACUUUUAAGUUACUUUUGUGAGGCUGGACUUCCAUCUCUUGCUGUGGAAUUAUAUAAUGAUAUGGUGGGUAGAGGUUUGAGACCUGAUAGGUACAGCUUUGUUGGAUUACUUUGUGGACUAUGUGGAGAUGGAAGAAUUGAUGAAGCAGUCAGUGUGUACCAAGGGAUUGUCAUGACUCAGAAUGCUCUUGAUGCACAUGUACAUACUGUUAUUAUAGAUAAACUUAUAAAAGCUGGUAAAUGUCAUAGAGCCAUUCGAUUGUUUAGAAGAGCCAUUGUAGAGAAAUACCCACUAGAUGUUGUAUCAUAUGCUGUUGCCAUUUGUGGACUUCUUAAGGGUGGGAGGAUUGGAGAUGCAUCUACGUUGUAUGGUCAGAUGAAAGAGGUUGGAUUAUCUCCUAAUGCUUACAUUUACAACAUGAUGUUGUCUAAUUUCUGUAGGGAAAAAGAUAUUAAAAUGGUCAAACAAUUGUUGCAAGAAAUUAUUGAGGCAAGAAUUCAUCUGAACUACAGGACAUUCAUGAGGGUAUCUUUUCUUCGACAUGCGCUUAGGAAAAGAGAUGAUUCAGAUGAUAUAUUGAUGCAGAAAUUGAUUGAGCUCUGAGGCAGGUAGAGUGUUUGUUCCUUGAUUGCAGUGAGUCUAGGGAUGAUAUGCCACUCUCUGGUGCUCCUUCUUUCAUCAUAGGAAUCUGCUUGCUUCAUGGUAUCUGUCCUUUCCUCUUUCUGAACAAAAAACAUACAAGCACCAAGAUAGCUUCAGUUCUUAGGAUUUGGAUGCCAUGUUUUCUUGCAAUAGCUUGUUAAUGUAUUGAUAAUUCAGGGACCAAUAAUUUUUUUCUUCAAAUAGAAUGUCUAGUCAUGCCCAACUAUUGAACUUUAAGAAUUUCCCCACUCCCUCUAAAAUAUGAAGUAAUGGUAUCUGCUUCUUGUUAGGAAAACUAUUUGUAUUCUGUAUUUGAAACAUGGCACAUGAUAGGCCCUUCAAAUUAGGUCAUCUUGAUACUUUCCAUUUCUGUGGAGUUGAGAUUAUUAUAUUCACAUCAUUCAUGUGAAGUUCAGCUGAGAUUUGACGUACAUUCUACCUUGUUCAAUUUGUUAAUUAGGUUUAGUAGGGUGGUAAUGAACUAUGGUUUUGAUGCCUACACGAUUGAAAGUUUCUUUGUGCUAAUGCGAAUAAAUAGGAUUCUUCACUUGAUUUUUUUCCUCGGUGCCUUUAGAGGAGUUGCUUAGAUAUGGUGCAUGCCAAAAAGUGGAAAAGGUUUCUUUCUGCCUUGAAGGGCCACAUUGAAUGUUUGACUGAUGUUGCAUUUUCUCCUGUGCAAAAUUAUUUGGCUACUGCUUCUCUUGUCUGGACUGCAAGGUUGUGGAACUCUGCUGGAUCUCUCCUGAAUAUUUUUGAAGGCCAUCUGAAUCGUUAUGCGCAAAUUUCUUUCCAUCCAUUAGGAAAAUACAUGGGAGCAAGCAGCUUUGGUAAGACAUGGAGACUGUGGGACAUAAAUACCUGAGUAGAGUUGCUUCUUCAAGAAGGUCACAGUAGGAAAGUCUAUGGAGUUGCCUUCCACCAUGAUGGAUCAGUGGCAGAUUUUUGUGGACUGGGUUCGUUGAUACGUGUUUGCAACCCAUGCACAGGAAGAAGUAUUCCUGCCUUUGAAGGCCAUGUGAAGCUGGUGGAACUUUAAAUUUGUCCUUGGCCUUAGUUUUUCAUCCAAUGGAUAUCUAUUGACUAGUGGUGAGAAAAUACGUGUUGCAUAUGGGAUUUGAAGACUACUUAUAUUAUUCCAGCACACUCGAGUAUGAUAUCACAAGUGCAGUUUCAGCCUCAAGAAGGGUACUUCCUAGUGACAGGCUCGAAUGACAUGACAACUAAGGAGCAUUUUCUUUGUACUAUAUACAUUUAUAUAGGGGUGUGACUUGGCUUGAGCUCGGCCCGAUUAUCUUAAAGAGAGCUUGAGCUUGCCGAGCCAGUAAUAUCUUGGUUCAAGCUUAAGCUCAAGACAAGAAUGAAUGGUUCGAGCUCAGCUCAAAAAAUAACAUUUGACCCUUUAAUUUUCAAAAUAUUAAUUUAAACCCUAUAAUUUAUAUAUUUAUCAAUUACCCUCUAUAUUCAAAGUCAUAAAGCAAAAUUUCAGGGGUAUAAAUAUAAGAUUUGAAACUAUUAGGGUAUAUUGAUAUUUUACUCUAGUUAAGCUUUGAGCUCACUAGCACACUGAGCCAACCAACAUCAAGCAUGAGCUUGGCUUGAGAGUUGAACAAGUUUUUGUUUGGCUUAUUUCAAUUUGUGUGUACUUAGGUUUGAUCUGGUGAAGACUUUAGGCUUAUAAAAUUCUAAUAGGCCACAUGUCACCAGAGUAUAUAAAAGGAAGAAGGGCAACUUGGGAGAUGCAACACAAGAUAAUGUGGAAUUGGUUACAAAUGAAGGCUUGGGAUUGAGACGAGGAGGAGGGAAGUAGAAGCUUUUCGGGAUAGAGUUGGAACUUUUAAAAAAGGCUGGAAGGGAGGCAAACAUCAAGGAGGGAAAAACAGAAAGGAAAGGGAAGGAUUUUGGGUGCUAUAGCCUAGAGCAUCGAGCACCUCUGUUGCCGGAAUUUACUUUCUGUUUCUGUCACUCAAUAAGUACUGGAGAGUAGACUCCAAUAAGUUGUAAUUCAGAACCCAAUCAAUAAAAGAGAGUUUGAUCGUUCCCUA